CCUUUACUUUAAUUAAAUCAAGACAAUGAAGUGGAUAGUUUGUUUUAUAGUUGCGCUGAGUAUAAAUCUGGGAUUUAAAAAUGUUGACGGUUUGUUACGAAGAUGUGUCAACUGUAGGUCGAGAGGAGAGUUGGGAUCAUGCAAAGAUCCUUUCACGACAAAUAUUACAUUGAUUGAAAAGGAGCAUGGAGUUGAAACUAUUCCUUGUGCUUCUGGAUGGUGCGGUAAAAUUAUUGAAUCACCGAAUUUGAAUAAUGAGUAUGGUACAGCGACACAAAGAAUGUGUUUACAAAGAGGCCCAGACGACGGUGAAGAACGAUGUGCUUAUACAAUGAAGAAUUAUAAAAAUGUCUAUAUGUGUUUUUGUCGCGGUGAUUUAUGCAAUAGCAGCACAACAAUAACUCCUAAUAUUAUUUGUAUAAUUGCUCUGAUAAUAUUACAAGUGUCGCGGUGAUGGAUUGCCUUAAAUUCAAGUAACUGAAUACUUUACAAAGACUGUUAACGACAAUUGUACGUGUAAAUGUAAAUAUAAAAUCCAAAUAUAAGUACAAAUAAAUUUUAACUAAUAAUUUCAG